AUGAGUUCCUCAGUCGCAAUGUCAAUCAGAAAGUCAGGGCCUCGAAUCAUUCGUCCGGCAUCUUCCCAAUUGGUGGUCACACAUACUUCAGAUCGGAGUAUAUGGCGAUGUGCACGGCACGGUCAGGGAGACAAGGCAGAACGUAUCUCAAGAAGUUUCAACAAAUAUCAGCGAUACCCUCUAUACAGACAGCGAAAGCCCAAAACUCGCCAUGACAGCAAUGCUACUCCCAAUGAUACACACUCAAGCUGGAGCUGGGCAGUCUGGCGUUACCAGCCAAAUUUCUCCGAACUCCCGGCUGGCCCAGAGAGAAGGCUCUGGGGUUCAGAUUCAGGGCAGAUGUACAAGCGCAUGGAGUUGUUGAAAAAGUACAUAGAGGCAGACCCUUACAGAGCCGUCUUUGGGCGCCGAGUGGACCCCCUUCGAAAUUUCGGAAAGAAUGACACUCCUUUGAACGGUUUUCUUCAGUUGCUUUCCAGUAAGGAAAAGUCAUCUAGUGAUAGACCGAGAGUGGACAAGCGGCAAAAGAGAAGUGACACCAAUCAUGCUGGACUCCAGUACGACCCUAUCAGUGGACGUAUGGUGCCGAUACCAUCGUCUACUGCGCCUAAAUCAAGUAACACGGAACCAAGAAUCAAUAUUCACAAAGCGGUUGACUGCCCCCCAGGCACUGAGGUCGAGGCAAAUUUCGCUCGCAACCCCAAUUUGGCUGAGGAUGGACAAUUCCAGCCGGGAAAUAUGGGACAGAGCCCCGAAGCCCCGUCGAGCUCACGGUCAACAGUUGACUGCCCUCCGGGCAGCGAGCUAGGUGCACUUUUUACCUCAACACUCACCGAUGCGCAGGGCAGGGUUCAAGUUUCUCAGGAGACCGAACGAAAACCCCAUGUAAACAUCGAUUGCCCCCCAGGAAGUGAAUUGGAAACAUUGUUCGUUUCUGAAUCUAUUCCUUCUACGCAGCCUCAGCCGGGCACAUCCAACGUCAACGCAAACACCAAUAAACCGAAUUUGGACGCUGGUAUGACUGCGGGCACUAACGUGGAAUGCCCCCCGGGAAAUGAGCUGGAUGCAAAGUACAUCUCUGAUCCCACCAGCCGCUCUGUCCAGAACUCUCCGUCUGCGUUGGCGACACAACCCCUGGACAAGCAAAUUUGUAUUUCCAUUGAUUGUCCACCAGGCAACGAGCUGGACGCAAAGUUUUCUUCUGGGCUUGCUAGUCUCAGUCUCGAGUCCGCCGGUCUUGUCCAUCAAACGACUAACGCAGCCCCCAUGACAAAAUCCCAAGAAAGUUUUGAAUGCUCUCCAGGUAGUGAGAUUGAAGCACAUAUUUUAUCAGAGUCGGCCAGUCAAGAGAGUACCCAAUCGGGAGCCCAUACCUCUAUUGAUUAUCCUCCUGGAAGUGAACUAGACGCCAAAUUCGCCUGCAACCCGGCUUCAAUGAAGGGAAUACAACCACAGCCAGAACUAGCUUCUAGCCUUGGUACAUUCAAGAUAGCCAAGGAUAGUGUCGACUGUACACCCGGGAAUGAAUUAGAGGCAAAAUUCGUUACGGAGAUGGCGAGGGCCGAGGGUCCCAAUGAGAAUGAGGACCUGGGUGCUUUGGAUGCUACUGACACUCGGUCUCAUUAUGCUCCUUUGGAAUCAAAGGUGCAAGCUAGUUCGCUAGAUUUCAAUGCUUCCGAAGACCGCGUUGGGGACUUCAUUCUCCAAAGCCAGAACCUAGCUACUGAAAAUAGAGAGCAACCAGAUGCCUCUCCUUCCCCUAAAUUCCAUAUUCUUGCUUUGGAUACGUCGACCUCGCAAAUCACAGCCGCGCAAGCAGACUCAUUCUUCGGUGUCGACGAAGAUAGUAUGCCAAGUGAAAUCCUGUCUCGACUGCACAAUCCUGCCAAGUUCCUGCCCUAUUUCGAGAAAAUGCAAUACAGUGGUUACGAAAUUGCAACUGGCGGAGGCAACAUCCUUGUGUUUCGAAAGUCUCAAAGUACUCCUCACCACACCCUCUCGAAAACCCCAACAGAACAAGAACCAGUAAUUCACACCGAGAUUGCCAAACAUCUUCGGCAUGACUCGAUGGACUCUGCCGUCACAUACCCCGGAGCCCCCUGGAAAUCCACCACUGAGCUUCCGCCAGAAACCGGAUCCUCUAGCUCCGAGCCGAAACCAACCACAACAUCUGAGUCUUCGUUUCGCAAAGCAGGCCGCACAAUGCUCGUUGCAGGCACAGCUACGGCAGCAACAUGCUAUGCUAUCGGAGUUAUGACCGAGUUCUUCCGCACCGGCGUAAAGGAUGGGCGUAGAAUUGAUGGGUUCACUGUAUUUGAGUCAGAUCGACGUCAUCGAGAGUAG